AUGGAGGAUGAACUCAAGCAAUUCAUUGAUUCUCUAUUGAUCAGACCAGUAGAAGUCAAUACUCUGAACAGCCUCACAUAUCUCUUUGAUCGACUUGCCACCAAAUCAUUCUCCUCACUUACAACUCAAUCAUUUCAAUCUUUAUGUGUACUCAAAAACUGGACAUGGGACUGCCUAGGUGACGACUCAUCUCAAUGGAUCUAUCCACCAGAAUACUUGUCAUUAUUUCAUGCAUUAUCAUCAUUUCAUAGAAAUUUAAUUUUCUACCACGAAAGUAUUGACAAUGAUAUCAAAGCAUCACUUCUCAUACCUGAAACGAAUGAUCAAAUAGAUCGGGUGUUUCAACACAUCAACCAGAGUCAUGAUGACAAUGAUCCAUUUAUUAUCAUCGUUGGUCAGUACUUUGACAAUCUUUCGUUUUUUCUUCGCGAAAAUCCGGAAUACGAUACAUCACCCAUCCUUCGUCAUAUUAAUCAAUGUUUAGCACAGAAUUAUCUCAUGACUGAUCAGUUCAAGAUCUAUUUAGAUCAACUUCAACAGACGGAAUUACCUAAAGCGAUUUUUACAGGCAAACAAUUAUUCUAUGUCAAAACGUGCCCAUUCUCCCUAAGUUCAUAUCUGAUUGCGCGGACACAAAACUUUGUCGUAACUUCGGAAGAGAUAAUAAACCAUAUUGGAAAAGAUUACCUGCAAAUAAUGAAUAUUCAUACUCAACAAAUUGAAACUUGGGAUAAAGAGUUUCUCAAUGUGAUCGGCUAUCUCUCUAGUUUGGUUUUAGCAUGUUCAUGGUGGGGUGGAGGAAAGACAUUCGCAAUCAAAAUACUGCUUCCUACCGAACAAGUUGCAUGUGAUCUUAUUCAAUCACUCAUACGAAUAAUCAGUUACGAACCAUAUCAAGAAUACAAUCGGUCAGAGCAGCUAACAAAUGAAUUGAUCCUAAUUUACAUUAUCUCCAAGCUAUUACUAUUUAUCAUACAAACACAGAGUGUCAAUUGGGUCUUUAGUUCUAAUCCUUCAUACUCUCAAACACUAUGUAAAAUCGCCGAAACAUCUUCAUAUCCAUUCACAUCACUAUGCAUCUACUUCAUGUUGGGCGAGAUUUUACCUGAAGAUAAACUCAAAGAAAUGAAGUUUGCCACUCAUGUAGAAUGUUUUUUCUACAGCAUUCUUGAUCAAGCUUGGCAUAAUCCACUGAGAAAAUACAAACAACUUCCACUUUCUUUUCUGUUAAGGAGUUCGGUAAGCUUUUCAAAAAAUGACGCUAUGACACAAAAGAUAGCUGAUUUACAGUUGAUAUCAUUUUUCAUGGAAAUGUCUGAUGAAUAUCCGAUCGUAUAUGAUUUUAUAUGGGGCUUUUCGUUCAAUCAUCAAAUCCAAAAGCAACUUCGCGAAAAUACGCCAUUCAUUCACAAGCUCACUCGUUUAUCGAAUCAAGCCACCGACGAACAAAUCAGAAAGGCAGUUGAUGGCAUACUCUGGAACUUACAGAUCCACCAACAGUCUCAUCCAUCGACGGAUAUCUCAUCUCAAAACACUUUCGACAUCAUGAUCAGCUACUCUCACAAAGACAAGUCUCUCUGCAAACAAAUCUACGACGAACUCACUCGACGAAACUAUCGAGUAUGGAUCGAUUUCGAUCAAAUGCACGGAAACGUGAUGGAUGCCAUGGCACAAGCCAUCGAUCGAUCACAAACUAUCAUCAUUUGUAUGAGUGAAGAGUAUCGAAAGAGUAACUUCUGUCGAGCAGAAGCACACUAUGCAUUCCAGCAACAGCGUCACAUAGUUCCUGUUCUGAUGCAGAAGCACUAUAAGCCAGACGGGUGGCUAUUGUUUCUGAUAGGUCAGUUGUUGUAUGUUGAUUUCACAAAAUAUGAGUUUGAUCAAGCCAUGGGAAUGCUUCUCAAAGAACUAAAAGCAAACGAUACUACAGGCGAUGCUACUGUUCCUAUCCAAGCUGAGAACCACUCAACUGUUUCAUCUAUAAUUCUGUCAUCAGCAUCACAAAAAGCUACUAGUUUACCUGCACUUUCAAAAAGCAUAGGAGACUGGACACGAGCGCAAGUACAAGAAUGGCUAGUGGCUAAAAAUCUUCCGCAAAUGUCUCGUCUUCUCACUGACUGCAAUGGUCGCAGUUUAUUAUACUUCCAUGACUACAUCAAGCAUGGCAAUGUCAAUCAAGUUGUUCAACUUCUUCAUGAAGAUUCAUUACGAAAGAGUGGUCAAACGUUAUCAUUAGUAGAAUUAUCAUGUUUUCGAACGUUAAUUGAAUCACAUAUUGGUUCCAACACUUCAAAAGAUAACAAUAAAACUCGUUCUUUUAUUUGCUGUCGAAUGAUGUAA